UGACGUCACCGACCGAUUGAGAAAUAUGUGACGUAGAGCCAAAAUGGCGACUCCCCUCUCCACGAUGAAAUUUUGGAAGCCGGGAUCAGAGGCACCAGGGAUCACAGAGGAGCGGGAGCUCACGUCUGAGACCACCGGUUCCCCAGUCAUAUUCAACCCGCAUACUGCUCUCUCCAUAGAAAAGCAACGACAGAAACUCCCUGUCUUUAAGCACAGAAACAACGUAUUGUACUUGGUGGAGAGCUACCAGACAGUAAUCAUCGUCGGUGAGACAGGAUGUGGAAAAACCACACAAAUUCCUCAGUACCUCCUGGAGGCUGGCUGGGCAGCGGAGGGAAGAGUCAUCGGAGUGACACAGCCCCGCCGCGUCGCAGCCAUUUCUGUGGCUAAUCGUGUUGCAGAAGAGAGGGGGGCCCUCCUGGGACACGAGGUGGGAUACACCAUCCGAUUUGAUGACUGCUCUGAUCCCCAAGCUACCAGAAUCAAGUUUCUAACAGAUGGCAUGCUGGUCCGUGAGAUGAUGGCUGAUCCUCUUCUGAAAAAAUACAGCGUGUUGAUGUUGGACGAGGCCCACGAGAGAACCCUUUACACGGACAUCGCCAUUGGAUUACUGAAGAAGAUUCAGAAGAAGCGGCGAGACCUGAGACUGAUCGUCGCCUCUGCCACACUGGAUGCCAAGAAAUUCCAAGAGUUCUUCAACCUGAACGAGACCGCAGAUCCUAACAAGGACACGUGUGGUAUACUCACAGUAGAAGGUCGCACGUUCCCUGUGGACAUGUUCUACACCAUCAGUCCUGUACCAGACUAUGUGAAGGCCACGGUGGAAACUGUGAUGAAGAUCCAUGAAACAGAAGAUGAUGGAGAUGUUCUUGCUUUUCUCACUGGGCAGGAAGAGGUGGAGAAGGUGGUUUCUCUGCUCCAGGAACAGGCUCGCUCUCUGUCACGUUACGGCAUGAAGAAAUAUCUGCGGGUGAUGCCCAUGUACGCUGGACUGCCAUACGCUGAGCAGAUGAAGGUCUUUGAGAGGGCACCACCCACUGUCCGCAAGGUGAUUGUGGCCACCAACAUAGCGGAGACCUCCAUCACUAUCAACGGCAUUGUGUUUGUAAUUGACUGUGCAUUCGUGAAGUUGAGAGCCUACAACCCUUCCACUGCCAUCGAGUCCCUGGUGGUCAGUCCCAUAUCUAAGGCCUCGGCCAGCCAGAGGGCUGGAAGGGCUGGCCGCAACCGCUCUGGGAAAUGCUUCCGACUAUACACAGAGGAGGACUAUGAGAAGCUGCCAGCCUCUACUGUGCCAGAGAUGCAGCGCACUAAUCUGGCCCCCGUCAUACUGCAGCUCAAAGCCCUCGGUAUCGACAACGUGCUGCGCUUCAGCUUCCUCUCUCCUCCUCCAGCUCAGUCCAUGAUCCAAGCGCUUGAACUGCUCUACGCUCUCGGAGGUCUGGACCAGUAUGGACGUCUGACUGACCCUAUGGGGGUACGGAUGGCAGAGUUCCCAUUGAGCCCCAUGUUUGCCAAGAUGCUUUUGGAGGCAGGGAAUUACGGCUGCUCCAAAGAGAUUGUAACCAUCGCGGCCAUGAUGCAGAUUCAAAAUAUUUUCGUGGUGCCAUCCAAUCAGAAGAAAGUGGCUGCACGUGAGCACCGGAAGUUUGCAGUUGCCGAAGGAGACCACCUCACCAUGCUGAACGUGUACGAAGCUUUUAUCAAGCACCAGAAGAGCUCCCAAUGGUGCCAGGAGCACUUCCUCAAUUACAAGGGCCUCCUGCGCGCCAUCACUGUGAGGGAGCAGCUCAGACGGCUCAUGAACAAGUUCAAGGUACCGCGGACUUCCAGCGAAGGCGACCCAGACGUGAUCCUUAGGUGCAUCGUUGCUGGGUUCUUUGCCAACGCAGCCCGGAUUCACCAUUCAGGUUCCUACAGGACAUUAAGGGAUGACCGUGAGCUUCACAUCCACCCAAGUUCUGUGUUGUACGGUGAAAAACCUCCCAAAUGGGUGGUCUAUAAUGAAGUGGUGCAGACGGCAAAGUACUACAUGCGUGACGUAACUGCUGUGGAGUCCACCUGGUUGGUUGAGUUGGCCCCACACUUUUACAAGCAAGCCCAGCAUGGGUCACUAGCCAGUAAGAGAUCCCGUGUUCUCUGAGACCUACCCAGAUCAGCCAUGAAGACCACAGUUAUCCCCACAGUUAAAGCACCACUGUGCCCCCACCCAUCUUCCUGUUUAUAUAUACAUGUAACGUAACUUCUUGUUCAUCUGCACAGUCAUGCCCCUCCACAAAGGAGGCCCUAUUUGGCCAUGCUAGAUUGGACACUGGUGAUUUGCUUACGUUUGUAAGCGGUUUUAGUUAUUUUUGUUAUUUUGUCUAGAAGCCAGCGGAGUGUCUGAUUGUGAUUUGGUCAGUUGUUGGAUGUGGCAGGAGUUCAGGAUGUGCCUUACUUGUGUCCUUUCAGAUGUGGUCAGAUAGUGGCGACCAAACAUGCCUGUAGAUAGUAAUAAGUGUUUUCAAUGACAGCUCUGUAAGAGACUGACCUAUUCCCUAGAGCUUGGCGUCUUUGUUUCAUAAAGCUGUAUAUUUUCCUGUUGCAGUGCAGCACAAAAAUUAAGGACAUCAGAUUGUUUGGAUUUUCUACUUUUGAGGGAGUUAUUUUUUUAUUAUCUUGCCGCAUAGACUGGGUGCCUCUUUCUGUUGUUUGUUUCUGUUUGGUUUUCGUUUGCGAUGCAGAGCAAAUUUUCAUUUUAAAAUGUUGGAAGCUUAUCAUCUUUAAUUUGAUUGUCCCUUAAUAACACAUUAAUGUUUCUUGCUGUGGCUGGAAAUGUUUUAAAAUUCAUGUGAUGACCCCUGAUUGAAUGACAAAUGUGAAUGAGUUGUUUUCCUUCGGACUACUGUUUUCAAACUGUUGUCAGUGUACAACUGGCUAUCUCAAUCAAAGUAGCCUUGAUACCACACUGUGCCAAUUUUUUAUCAACCAUAUUUCACUUUCUAUUCUCAAAUGGAAUGUGAAGGUAAAACUUGAGCGUUUGAAUUACAAAACUGUGAAUUCAAAAACCAAAAUGAAGUGCCAUUUGUUCCUGUGCUUGCAUCCACUUAUACAUUCAUUGAACAGCAUCAGAAAGAAAGUAGCAUUUAUGUUUUUGUCCCCUCUUGCUGUAUUGUUUAUUUUUACUUCAAAUACAUUUUUGCAUUUCCAUUCGUGUUGUCAGGAUUGAUGACAACGUUUUUGAUUAAAACAUUUCUUGCUAUCCGUU